CUUGAACCCAAUCCAAUAGGCAAAUCCUUUAUAUUGUUGGGCCGGGUCUCUUAUCGAACUCAUUAAGUCCGGUCCAGCAGAUCUGUGGGAACCUUGUGCAAGUCGCCUAGGUUCGGAAUGGCGGGAGAUUUGUAGUUAUUAUAAAUCUUUAUUUUUUCCCUCCAAAUUUGUAAACGUUUCGAGGAAGAGCAACUCUCCUAAACAAGUUAAGUGGGAAAAUAGCACGUGUAUUCUGCUAAAAUGGAGAGUUACUUGGUUCCGUACAAGCCUCCUUCUGAAAACCCUAAACAGCUCAAUGUGAGGAAUCGAUGGAAGAGGAGUUUGAUUGAAGUAAGCGGCAGGGUUGAACCCAAGUAUCGCCACGAUCUUUCUUCCUUGCUCAUGGAGUCGUACUGUGAGAUUGGGAAAUUUCCGCAUAUGUAUCAUACUGAUGGACUGCCGUGUCGAACUUAUAUGAGUAGUGUUGGUGUCAGUAAUGAUGCAGCUGCCUAUGUCGUUGGCUUUCCGAGGAAACAAGGCAUCUCUGCAGUGGACUUUGACACAAAAGGAGUUUACUUGGCAUCAGUUACAAGAUCAGGUUGCCUAACAGUGCACGACUACGAAGCUCUAUAUUUUCUGACUAAUGACACUUUACCAUGCCCAAUCGAUGAUGAAAUUAAACAUGUACUGCACAUUUCAUUGCAUCAACAACUUGAUUCUGUUCGAUGGAAUUUGGCUAAUCAAGAUGAGGUUGCUUGUGCAUCUACUAAAAGUAAUGAAGUACGAAUAUUUGAUAUUGGUUACAUCUCAUCUGACCCAGUCGAAGUCUUAAGAACAAGACGUGCUGUCAGUGUUAUUGGGUCUUAUUAUCAGAAAGGUGUAGCUGGUAUUGCCUUUAGUGCAACUGAUGAGUCAAGGCUACUUGCUUCUGAUACGCAUGGGAUACUUAAUAUAUGGGAUAGACGAAUGAGUGAUCUUCCAUGUCUUGAGCUUACAACUAAUUCUCGUUGCACUCUUAAUAGCAUCCAACUACACUCAGAUAAUCAGAUUGUUUUUGCAGGUGGUAAGAAUGGGAAUAUAUAUAUAUGGGAUCUUCGUGGAGGAAAAGCAUCUUCUGCCUUUCAGAAUCAUAAUGAAGUAGGUCGUCCACCUCUAACAGCAUUGGUGUUAGCUUCAAUGCUAAAGAAAAUUGGGUCUUUGAAGGCACAAUCCAAUAUUGUCCCACUGGAAAUAUAUUCUAUUGAUUUCGAUCCUAGUUGUCCAUAUCAAUUGGCUUUCCACUUGGAAGAUGGUUGGUCAGGUGUUCUGAAUAUUCAUAAUUUUCAAGUUACCCAUGUUCAUUGCCCACCUCCAGCUUGGUUGGAUGAUUUCAACAGUCCACCUGAUCUAAUGCAAUCAAGGAAACCAGCGUGGCUACCGACAAAUUCCAUCUAUGUGGUUGCAUCAUCCUCUGACCAAGGCAUUCAUCUCUUAGAUUUCUACCCAGAGUCAAGCUCCCCUAGCCAUGUGGACUUCAUUGACAAUACAGAGAGCUUAUCUGAGAGAAACAAGCACAAAAAGCAAAACAGGUUUAUUCCACUAUCAGAAGGUGUUACUGCAUGUGCCACUCAUCCUCUCAAUGGUACCAUCAUAGCAGGAACUAAGGUCUCAUCUUUACUGGUGGUGUCCCAGCAGCAGAAGUGCUAUAAUCAUUCCGACACUGAGCAAUGAGGUAGACUAAACUAUACGCAAGGGAUAACCUUCUGGAGCCUGAGGAAACCGAUAAGGUGACUAGAGCUUGCACCCAUAAGGAGCACUGUAAAGUAAGACCGUAAAUACAUAUCACUAAUCUUUUAGAAGUCUGAGAACUGCUUAGUAUAAACAAUAACAAUGACCUAUUGCGCUGAUGAAGUAUUAUGAGUUUGGUUUUGAAGGUCCGUGAUGAAACUCAUAAUAUUUGAACACAAAAUUAGGCCAAUCUUUAUUCUUAAACUGUAAAAGCAAACAAGAAAUUAAAGGGAAAGCAAUCAUUCUUGCAUUCAUUUGAUAUAAAGGUUUUACAUACAUUCCAUCCAA